AUGGUUGGAAACUCUUCGCGCAAGGACAUCGGAAGGUUCGAAUCGCGCACUCCGCACGGACAUCUAGGACACAGGCAGACCCCCGCAUUCGCCCCAGCAGAAGAGACUGUAGCGGCAGCGGCUCAUUAUGUCUCGGCCCAAAUGCUGACGUUUGCAUCACCAUCGCAACAACUCUACAGCCCUCACAAGAUCACCCAGUACAAGACUGGUAAGGCUUCGCUGUACGCUCAGGGUAAGCGUCGUUACGACAGGAAGCAGAAGGGUUACGGUGGUCAGACCAAGCCCGUCUUCCACAAGAAGGCCAAGACCACCAAGAAGGUCGUUCUGCGUCUGGAGUGCACCCAGUGCAAGUACCGCUCGCACGUUGCGCUCAAGCGUUGCAAGCACUUCGAGCUCGGUGGUGACAAGAAGCAGAAGAACGCCGCCCUGGUCUUCUAA